AUGCCUAUGUGUACUCCUCUUCGGCAUCGCAUUGUUACAAACGUAAGACAAAUGUUGACACCGCGGUCAUUUUUUAUCAUCACCUGCAUUAGUUUCACGAUUUCAGUGACUUGGAUCCAAUUCGUGGACAAACCAAUAUAUUCAUACCAGAACGAAAGUUUAAUUCAAGAGGCCCUUGAAAAUGUCGCUCGCGAUUACAGAUUCGCGGAAGUAUACAGAAAGGCGGAUAGACUGCCGAAUGAAACUAAAUUUAUCCUUCUCUGGACCACGGAAGAGCUGGCACCGUUCUACAUUCUCGGUCAAGGGCAGAGGAAAUUCAUAGAGAAAAACUGCACAUAUAUAAACUGUUAUGUCACUUCAGAUAGAUACUUAUUCGACGGAGACACCACUAAAUUCGACGCUAUUGCUUUCAACGGAAGGUCUAUAGUCACGAUGUCGAAAUCAGAACUACCCUACCGACGUAGUGAUCACCAGAAGUUCAUAUACUUCAAUAUGGAAUCAGCAAACAAUUACCCUGUCUGUUCCCCAUAUUUUGAUGAUUUCUUCAACUGGACUUCUACGUAUCGACUGGAUUCGGACAUUCCCUUCCCGUAUUUGCAAGUAAGAGAUAGAGAAGGAGAGAUAAUUGGGCCUAAAGCAGGAAUGGUUUGGGAUGAAACUGAGGGUAACAUUGACGAAGACCUUUUCUAUCGUAUUCAGAAUAAGACAAAGGCUGUGGCUUGGUUUGUUUCUAAUUGUAAAAGUAGAAGUCACAGACUAGAAGUAGCUAAAGACUUGCAAAGAGCUCUCUCUGUUUAUGGUUAUAGCGUGGAUAUUUAUGGUAAAUGUGGGCCGUACACAUGCCCUCGAGAGCAGGAAGAUAGCUGCAAUUAUAUUUUGGAAAAGGAUUAUUUCUUUUACCUAUCAUUUGAGAAUUCGUUUUCCGAAGAUUACGUUACUGAGAAACUAUUGACUGCAUUGCAGCAUGAUGUUGUACCUAUUGUUUUUGGAGGUGCUGAUUAUUCAAGGUUUCUGCCCCCCGGUUCUUAUCUAGAUGCACGAAAGUCUACACCAGAGGAUUUAGCAUCAACUAUAGUCACACUUAUCGAGUACCCCAAAACGUAUAGUCAUUACCUGAGCUGGAAACGAAAGUUUACUUAUAAGAACCCAAUGUAUGACGAUAAUGUUUGCGACGUUUGCGCUGCUUUAAAUGAAAGGAUGGACAAACAUACAACGUACAAGGAUUUUAGAGCGUGGUGGGUUCCCAAUUAUGAAAAAAGAUGUGUUGAAUGA